AUGCCUCCUAAUACCUCUUUUUGUGAUAUUUGUGGCGGGCAUGAUCAUCUCCCCAAUAUGUAUCAUUUAUUGCAAAACGUGUCCUAUAUUGAACAUGACCCAUCUUGUGAGAAUGACUUUUAUGUUGAGUAUGCUAAUGCCUUGAAUGAAAGGUCUAGGUAUGAUGGACCCCAAAAUCCUAAUUUCAAUAAACAACAAGGUCCUAGAGGUCCCUCUAUUAAUGCUUAUCAAGGUCCUACCUACCAAGGAGGUGGAGGUGGGUUUGAUCACCAAAAUCGGGGUAACUAUAGGGGACAAGGCUAUCAAAGCCAAGCUCCCUAUGGUCAAUCCUAUGGUUAUGGUCAUCAACCCCAAUACAAUCAAGGUAGUUAUGGGUCAAACCACCAAGGAGGAGGGAGCUAUAACUACGGAUAUGGGAAUAAAAAAGGAACCUCUAGUGGGGGGUAUCAAAAGAACCCGGGAAACCAAUAUGGCAAUUCCCAAUAUCCUCCUCCUGGAUCCAAUGGACCUAGACUACAUGGCACUCAACUCCCACUCAACUCUUCCCUUAUAAAUGCUCCCUCAUCGCUAUCGUCUCCUAAGUCUAAUCUGGAGGCUCUCAUGGAGUCGUUUGUGGGGGCACAAGCUAAGAAGAUUGUGGAAUUUGAGGAUGGAUUCAAGCAAUCCAACAUCCAUUUAAAAAUGGUUGAGACUCAAUUGGCUCAACUAGCUAGCUCCAUUAAUCAAAAUCAAACAUACCCAAAUCUUCCGCCUCAAGGUCAUGACUCUAAAAAGCAAAUGAAUGCAAUUGUGACAAGAAGUGGGAGGGGUAUGAAUGAUGGUGGUACGUCUAGCGAUGUCCCUAAGUCCAAUGUUGGUGAUAAAAGGGUAGUGGGGGAUCUAGAUGAAGAUGAUGUAGAACAUGUUGUGUCCCCAAAGGAGGUUGAGACUGAUGAUUUGAGGCCAAUGGUGGCCACUCCUCUCCAACCUCUUGUUCCUAAGCUCCCCUUUCCCCAAAUAUUUGCUAGACAAAGAAUGGAUGCCCAUUUUGCAAAGUUCCUAGAAAUGAUAAGCAAGUUGCAUGUCACCAUCCCCUUUACGGAUGCAAUCAAGAAAAUGCCUACCUACUCUCGAUUUCUUAAGGAAAUCUUGAGUGGAAAAAGGGAUUGUGACGUAAAGGAGACGGUGAACCUCACCGAGAAUUGUAGUGCUAUUAUUCUUAACCAAAUGCCACCCAAACUCAAAGACCCGGGUAGUUUCUCUAUCUUUUGUGUUAUUAAGAAGCUUGAAAUAAGCAAUUCCUUGUGUGAUUUGGGUGCAAGUGUUAGUUUGAUGCCUUAUUCGGUGUUCACCAAGCUCGAAGUUGGUGAUCUUGUCCCAACCAACAUUACAUUGCAACUUUCCGACUAUUCGGUCAAAUAUCCUAUUGGCAAGAUUGAGGAUGUACCCUUGAGAGUUGGUAAAUUCGUGAUCCCCGUCGACAUUGUGGUGCUAGAUAUGGAUGAGGACGUUCAUGUCCCUAUUAUUCUUGGUCGGCCAUUCUUGGCCACGGCGGGGGCCAUUAUUGAUGUUAAGCAAAGGAAAAUCACUUUGAAGGUUGGGGAGGGUAGUUUGGUUUUUGACUUGAAUAAAGCCAUGAAUUAUCCUAGUUCUACUAAUGAGAAAUGUUUCUUGGUUGACUCUUUUGAUCCCCCAGUACAUGAUAUGCAGGAACACUUGCUCGCUACUAACGAUCCGCUUGAGCUUGCCAUUUUAAAUAGAGAAGGCUUAGGAGAUGUAGGGGUUGAAGCGGCCAACUACAAGGAGCUAUUGGAUUCUACCCCACUUUAUGAUCAAUCGGAGCAAUGA